GCGCAGCGGCCGAUCAGCUGUUCCCAGCGCUGCACAACAACAAAAGGAGCGAGACGGGCCGCCGGCGGCAGCGGCGCCACAACAGGAGGGCUGGACCGGCCCCGCACCCGCGCCCGCCGUCCGGGAGCCGCGGCUACCUCAGCAGCCCCGCGCCGGCGCCCGGCCCUCUCCGCCCUGCACGCUGCAGCUCGGGCCCACAUGUGAAAAGCACUCGGAAGCUUUUGAUUUUAAGUCACAGCCACUAUAAUCUGAAAUGGGAGUGUAAUUUUCAGAGGCCCCUGCCUGGAACCAGGACCUUACUAAUUUCUGUGACCAAGUGAGAUCGAGGCUCAGAAGGGCUAAAUUGUGUAGCUCCAGCCACCUGUGGUAGAAGCAGAGCCAGAACCCUCUCUUGCUGCUGUCCAGGGAUAAUGACUCUUCUUGCUUUUUGCCUAAGUUGAACAAGCACCUCGUGCACUUUAAUCUCCUGUUGGUGCCAUCAGGUUGUCUGAAGACGGGGUUUUGAAAUCUCAGCUAUCAAGGCAUCCUGCCAAAGUUUCAGUCUUGCCUUAACAAUGUUCCAGAGACUGAAUAAAAUGUUUGUGGCUGAAGUCAAUACUUCUUCCAACAAAGAACCAGAAUUUAGUGAGAAAGAAGAUGAUGAAUGGAUUCUUGUUGACUUCAUAGACACUUGCACUGGUUUCUCAGCAGCAGAGGACGAGGAAGAAGACAUCAGUGAAGAGGCACCUACUGAGCAUCCUUCAGUCUUUUCCUGUUUACCUGCAUCUCUUGAGUGCUUGGCUGAUACAAGUGAUUCCUGCUUCCUCCAGUUUGAAUCCUGUCCAAUGGAGGAGAGCUGGUUUAUCACCCCUCCCCCAUGUUUUACUGCAGGUGGAUUAACCACUAUCAAGGUGGAAACCAGUCCUAUGGAAAACCUUCUCAUCGAACAUCCCAGCAUGUCUGUCUAUGCCGUGCAUAACUCCUGCCCCAGUCUCAAUGAGGCCAGCUGUGGGACUGACGAAUUUCAUAACCCAAGUAGUCCCAGAGUGGAAGCUCAAAAUGAAAUGGGGCAGCACAUUCAUUGCUAUGUUGCAGCUCUUGCCUCUCAUACAGCUUUUCUGGAACAACCCAAGAGCUUUCGCCCUUCCCAGUGGAUAAGAGAACAUAGUGAAAGACAGUCUCUGAACAGAAAUAGCCUUCGUCGCCAAAAUCUUACCAGGGAUUGCCACUCUCGGCAAGUCAAGCACAAUGCUUGGGCUGUCCAUCAGCCUUGCCCACGUCAGUACAAUUACUAAGAAUUUCAAGUUUGGUUGGUUGGUUUCUCUUGGUUUGUGCAUAUGUAUGUGGACGUGCGUGUAUGGACAAUGAAAAUGCUGUCUCUUUACAGCCAAUUGAUGACCAAUCACAUAGUUUUAUCAGUGUGUUUAGACACUAUCUUGAAAACCAGAUUUACUUGCUGUGUAUCACAUAAUGCCUUGCUCUUAACAUUUACUUUUUUGUAAACUUUUUCAGAAUAUUUUUGGAAACAUAUCAAUACAAUUACAGUGUUUGGUGUUUAGGGAUGUUUUUAAAUCUGUUGAGGUGUACAUGAGUUAGCAUUUUAAAGACAUUUCUUCCUGAGUACGAGAAUAGGCAUCUUUUCAAUUUCAUUUUAUUUUGUAUUACUUAAUCAAUCUUUUGAGUAAGCAAAAAUUUCUCAGGGUCAGCCAUACACUUUAUUGACCAGUACUUGAUAAUCUUUUCUGUAUAUAAUGAAUACAUUUUUACACACUAACCUAAGCAUUAACAAGUGAUAGUUGCCAUGGAUAUAAUGGAAUUAUGGCUGAACUUUCUCUUGAAAGAUAACUUGAUAUAUUUCUGUGUGUAUGGGUUUUUUCCCCCAGAUUAGCCAUGCAAUUCAUUUUGGAAUUCAGGUACAUUCAGUGUUAGUGAACAGUGCGUUCAGUAAUUCCGAUGUGACUGUGUGACGUGGUACAGACAUUACAGGUAUUGUGGGACAAAAGCGCUUGUCUCACACGCAGAGGGAUUAAAUUAGACCUGUGAAAUUGUAUUUGGAAAAACAUAUGUCUGUGACUAACCCAUGAGUUCACUAUUGAAGUUGUUUGGAUUCUUUCCUGCCAGCUCUGCCCACUUGCCACCUCACAUCAGCUAUAAAUUCUGAAGUACUUGUCCAGGCACUUGAGUGACUUAAUGCUUACUUCUGCCCAAGGGAAAAGAGAUGGGCUUUGUAUUUCUACAUACAGUGAUACAUCCUCUGCCAUGGAGCCUGUCCUGCCAAAUGGCAAGCAAGUGUGGGGGGGCUUCCUGGUGACAUCUUUUCAUAGCAUCUAAAUGAAAAGUGACGAGUUGGCUUCUUGAGUUUUCAUUUUUUGUCUUAAUUCAGGCUUCAGGCAGAAUCUUUAACCACUUUGGCCUCUGUUUCCUCCACCAACGGGGGAGUAGUAAUAUUUACCUCCCUCACAGUUGCUGUGAGGACUGUAUACUGAUUCGAAGUAGGGCUGUCUAGAACUGAACCUUGUGUGUAAUUCCAAAGGCCUCUCUACUGAAUUUAGUGAUGGGAUUGGGGUCUGUGGCCAUUUUUAUGCCACAAUUGUUCUUCAGUGUUGGUGCUAAUGAGGCCAGGUGCAGGGUUCACUUGACGCGGAGGCCAGUUAACUCAAGACAGAAAAUCUCUUUCCUUACCUCUAGCCAGUCACUUUAUGUUUUAGCAGUUGUGAUGGGUUUUGCUGAGCCAUCCACUCUCUCACCAGUUUCCUCUGAAAUUACGUUAAACACAUUUACAAUCUAAAAGCAAAUUCUACUGACAGAACGGUAGUAUCACCUUCGUAAUCAAAUAGCUUAUUUUUCCAUCUCCUCUGCAACCCUAAUUAAAUAAGUACACAUCUAUACAAUGUUUUCAAGGGAAAAGCAUAUAGUUAUGCGAAGUAUUAUUAUAUUUUUCAGUAGCCCUGUAGCAGCUUGCUGCAGGGAACCAUGGGAGACUUUUAGGUGAAGAGCUGGGCUCUUUCUGACUGGAUUGGGAUGUUUGGAGUCGGCAGAGAUCAGAUGGUAUAGUUAGAUGGUGUUCGGUGGUUCUCCGCUGGCUGUGAUGAAGGGCCAGGAAUGUCUCCUUCGAACCAGUCUGGAUCCCCCUUUCUCCUUGCUCCCCGUCCAUUUCGACUACCCCUUUAUUUAUUUCUUUUCUAAUUAGGGGCCAAGUCUGUAAAGUCAAACUGAGCUAGAAGUUAUUUUGUUACUAUUUGUGUUUACCAGAGUUGGGAGAUAAGAUAGAGCUUUCCUGAAGGUGUGUGUGUUUUACACCACGUCUGUUACAGGGCCGUAUGUUGGUAACUUGAAAAUAGACCAGCUAAAUGUCUUCUGGAUGUGAGCAUCUGAGUACAUGGGGGUCUCUUUUUUCAUGUAUCACAUGCAAGUUGUUAGUACCUCACGAGUUACAGAAGUUCAGCCAUUAGAAUUUGUUUGGCAGCAUGAACAGGUUUGUAUAUUAAAUCACAGUGGUCUGUUUUUACUAUUAGUUUUUCAAAUUUCCUGAUACCUUAAAUAUAUUUACAUCUCUGUCAGUUACUGACGUUUUGUAUGCCUUAUCUGGGCCUAGUUUUUUAUGCUUUGUACCUGGAAAACAAAUGAUUUCAGUCUUUGGGAUGUUCAGGGUAAGGGUUACCACACCGUCUGUGAUAUCACACUGUGGUUUCUAUAUCAGUAUCUAAGGUUUCUGUCUAAAAUUGGCACAUGUAAGAAUUGAAGAAAGUGGUUACAUAAUUCAGUUGAAGUUCUUGGUCAUUAGAUGUUUGUUAGGCAUCUACUAUGUGCAAAACACAGGACCAAUAAUAACACAGAAUGAUGUUGACCUAUUAAAUAUUCUUUGAAACAUGGCCAAAAUGCAGUUUAUUAGAAGUUAAUUAUUAUUUUUACUGUUGUAAAUAUUAGUGGUUUACAAUGUGCUUUAGUGCACCUUCCUUUCAACUUCAAGCAAUGAGAAAUAAGACCCCUCUGAGUUUAGUGCUCUAACUGCUUCUGAACUGAUGACACAGAAUGUUACUUGGAGAAAGUCUGGAAUAUGUGGUGCACACAAGCAGUGCUUCAUGAAUGAGUUUCUUAGUUUUUACAGUGCACCAUUUCUCAAAGUUUGUGUUUUUGUUAAUAAAAUAUUUUAUAAUGUAUAUCCUAUGUUUAUUACUUUUUCUUCCUCAACUAAUUGAAUUAUGUACUGCACUGUAAGUUGAAGAUUAACCAUCCAUUAUUUAUCUUCUGUGGCAAUGCAUUUAUAUGAUUGGUUGGGUGAGGAACUUUUUGCAGAAGAUGCAAAGUGAUUGGAUUUUUGACUUUCUAUUCCAGGGAGCUUUUUUUACAUUAAUUUCCUGUACAUUUUUCCAGUUCCAGUGCAAACUGUUCCUGUUUACAUCUUCUCUGUUGCAUCAGUACUUUGAUUUAGUGAGAAGACAGUUUGCUUAAAACUUGAGAAGGCCAUUUGGCAUCGCCUAUUGUUUUUAGUUCUCAAAUCUGUGAGGUACACUGGUUUAUAAUCUUUAUAUUUUCAUUGAAUCUGAGUGUCUUUGCUAUUUCUCUUCCUCAAGGAAAUAUAUUGUCUUUAUAUACCCUUGAGAAAAGAGAGCAAAGAAGAGUAUCUUCCUUAUCCUCCUUUUCUUUGAGUUGGAAACAAAAAAUGAAGGAUUCCAACUAGAAAAUAGACAUUUAAAUUUAAAUCGGUUAAGGGAGAAAGUUUAAGAGUUUCCAAGUAUUAGUUUUGUUGUUAGAAUCAGUUAAGAGACUGCUCCUCGUACUGGAGAUACUAGCCUAUGUUUGUAUUGUUACCUUAAAAUUAUCUUUUUAUUUUAUAAGGCCCACACAUACUGGUUAAAUUCUUUUAAAGGUUGGGCUACUAUCAUGGAUGGUUUCACUGCCAUCAGCCAUGUUGAUGUAUUAUAAAUGGCAUCCAUAUCUACUUAUUUUAAUGCUUAAAGUUUUAUAUAAAAUGCUUUAUUUAGAAAACGUACAUAAAACAAUGGUGUCAGCCUUGCCAUGUACCAAUUUCACUUGAAAUUUGACACCAAUUACAGUGGUUCGGGGUGGGAAAGCGUACAGAUAAGGGUACCUUUUUUCUAUUUAUGAUAGUAUCCUUUGUGUGGUAGGAGAAGUUACUAUUCAAAGGAAGGCAGCUUAAGUGGAUAAUGUUUUGUAUAUUGUUGAGAAUUUUCCUGACAACAUUGUUUUUAAAUUGUGUAAUUGUUAAAUGCCCAGUUUUGCUCUUAUUUGCCUAAAGUUUUAGUAUUUGUUUUCUAGGUGGACUUCUAAAAACCAAACCAGUACUUGGGGCGGUUAGAUGUGCAUGUUUCCAUGCUUGGUGUGUAUGAGUGCUUUUGCUUGCUUUUUGGUUGUUCUCCCCGAGAGAUUUGGAACUUUAAUCAAUAAUUGUGUGUGUUAUUUAACAAAAAAAAGUGGCUUUGGUUUUUGUCUUGAGUAAAAUUGUGAACACGUUUGCUUUUCAAGGGCAGGGCAUCAGUUAACAGAGAUUGAAGAAUAUUGUAGGUUGUACUAUGUGCCUUCUCAAUGUAUUUCUGGACACAAAUUUUUUUCAACGACUUGAAAACUCAAAAGGGACAUUUGGUUAGUUUAUACUGUACAUCAAUCUAUGCAUAAAUGGCAGCUUGUUUUCUUGAGCCACUGUCUAAAUUUUUUUUCUGUUUUUAUAGAAAUUUUUUAUACUGAUUGGUUCAUAGAUGGUCAGUUUUAUAUACAGACUAAACAAUACAGCACUUUGCCAAAAAAUAAGCGUAGCAUUGCUUAAACAUUGUGUAUUAACACCAGUUCUUUGUAAUUGGGUUCAGUGGUGCAUUUUGCACUGCCUGGAGUUAUGGUUUUUAAUCCAUCAGUAAAUAAAAUGUCCUUUAACUUCA